AAGGCAAGGCAGCGGCGGAGCGGCGGAGCGGCAGCUCCACUUCACUUGUUCCUGCGCGACCAAAUCCAAGAGGACUGUUUGCGUCCCUGUCACUUAGGAGGUUACUUCACCAGGAGAGGACUUCCAGCAGCAUCUUCUCCCAGGGCGACCCCACAGCCGGGAGAGAGCCGGGGGAAGGAGAACUUUUUGGUGAUUUUUCACCACAUCCCUUUUCCUAACCUUGGAAGUCUUACCUGCCCGCUGUGCGAGGAUGGGACCGCUGCUCGGGCUGCUCACCGCGCUGUGCCUGAGCGCCGCUGUCCCACACCGCGUCGACGCAGCAGAUGGUGAGGAAACAACUUCAGCAGGCCCUUGCCAUCCCAACCCUUGCCACAACAGAGGGAUGUGUGAGAUCAGUGAGACCUACAGGGGUGAUACCUUUAUUGGUUACGUGUGCAAGUGUCCACAAGGCUUCAGUGGCAUUCACUGCCAACACAAUAUUAACGAAUGCGAAAGAGACCCAUGUAAGAAUGGAGGAAUUUGUACUGAUCUGGUCGCCAACUAUUCCUGUGAAUGUCCAGGGGAGUACAUGGGGAGGAACUGUCAAUACAAAUGUUCUGGACCACUGGGCAUGGAGGGCGGGAUAAUCUCCAACCAACAGAUAACAGCCUCCUCCACCCACCGCGCUCUAUUUGGCUUGCAGAAGUGGUAUCCGUACUUUGCGCGCCUCAACAAGAAGGGCCUGGUCAAUGCCUGGACUGCAGCCGAAAAUGACAGAUGGCCUUGGAUCCAGAUAAACCUCCAGAGGAGAAUGAGGGUCACAGGAGUCAUUACCCAGGGUGCAAAGCGCAUCGGUAGCCCGGAGUAUGUCAAGUCUUACAAAGUAGCCUACAGUGAUGACGGGAAGACAUGGAGAACAUACAAAGUCAAGGGCAAAGAUGAGGACACGAUCUUCAGAGGAAAUAUUGAUAACAAUACUCCAUCAGCCAACUCUUUCACACCCCCGAUUGAAGCCCAGUAUGUGCGCAUUUACCCCCAAGUCUGCAGACGGCACUGCACCUUACGGAUGGAGCUACUUGGUUGUGAGCUAACAGGCUGUUCUGAACCACUGGGCAUGAAGUCAGGCCAUAUCCAGGACUACCAGGUCACAGCCUCCAGCAUCUUCAGGACACUCAACAUGGACAUGUUCACCUGGGAGCCAGGAAAGGCCCGUUUAGACAAACAGGGCAAGGUCAACGCUUGGACAGCUGGACACAGUGACCAGUCACAGUGGCUUCAAGUGGACUUGCUUAUGCCAACCAAGAUUACGGGCAUCAUCACCCAAGGAGCUAAAGACUUUGGGCACGUCCAGUUUGUUGGUUCAUACAAGCUUGCUUACAGCAAUGAUGGGGAGCGGUGGACUGUAUACCAAGAUGAGAAACAAGGGAAGGACAAGGUGUUCCAGGGCAACUUUGACAACGACACACACAGAAAGAACGUGAUAGAACCACCGAUCUACGCUCGGCUCGUCCGGCUCCUCCCGUGGUCGUGGUACGGCAGGAUCACUUUGCGUGUAGAAAUACUGGGAUGCACAGAGCAAGAGUGAUGUCCUCUCUUUCAUCUUUUUGGCCAUGAUCCCCUGUCCCUUGGCAUACUGAAGUAUAUCAUCCAGUACUUCAGAUACAAACUUUUCAGCCUGUAAAAAGAAAUCAAUUUCCGAUGGAUUUUUCAAGAAUAAGUGUUUAGUUGUGGUGGGUUACUGUUUGUUCUUUUGUACAAUGAUUUACAACCUGCCCCUGUUCCACUUUUGUUCUUCAGUUUCCUAUUUAAGGUGUGAUCUUUGUCUUUUUAUUGUACUCAAGAUUUGCCAUCCUGUUUGGAAUGAACUUCUAUAAUAUAUAUAUAAAUAUAUAUAUAUGGGUGGGGAGGAGUUGGGGUGGAGUCAGAGAGGGGUUCUCACUGUGGUUUUAACUUGUUGUCAUGGAAGCUAUUGUACAGUGUCACUUUUUAACAAAGAUGUGAAAUCUGUCUGUCGUGCUUCACUGCACAUAAUUAACCAACUUCAUAUCAUAAUUAAACUGUCGCAGGUACCAUGUAAAGAUGACAUAUUAGCACAUUCCUAAAUAUGAUUUUUAAUUGAUUUCAGCACCUCCUCGAGCCAUGCUUUUACCCUAAAAGACACUUGCAUCGCUACAUCAAUCAAAACAAUAUAAAUGCUCUUGUAUUAUAUGUAAAAGACUAAGAAACUGCAUGGUGUGUGAAUUAUAAAUGUAUAUUAUGACAAAUCAUUUAAAAUGUUCAGGCCUCAGAGCAAACGGCUUUUAUUUAGCAUCCUAUUUUUAAUGUGCGUUUUUUAAAUUUGUCCAAAAAACGUCACAACGCAAUGUAAACGCUUACUUAAAAGAUGGCCGACAUGUGGGACGGUAAAAGAAAGCUGCCGUUAACAGCUGUACUGCGGCACCGAAACUUAUGAGCUGUAGUUACAAUGUUUUAUUGCUCGUACAAGGAUCUUCAAUUUUUAUUUGUAACCUUCUGAUUGUUGCAGGAUGUUUUAUAAAAUAUUACUGUCUGGAGUUCUUUAUAUUUAUUUUUUUUUUUUUUUUUUUUGUUUUUGUUUAGUUUAAAAAAAAAAUCUAAUUUGCAUUUAGUGUUCUCAUAAUGUCUAAAAGAUCGAAGUUGAAUCGGCUAAGAAAGAAAAAGAAAGAAAGGGCAAAAUAACCCUCAGGAUGAUAGCAUUCAUAAAAACCCACAAUGUUUAAUGUUCAGGCACCUUUAUAGAGUAACUAUGGGGAGACAAUGUGGGACAAGGGACAGCAAUUAUUUAAAUAAUACUACAUGCAGCGUUGCAUUCUUGAAGACAUUUUGUUAACACAAUAAAUCAUUUUAUUUACAUUUCCUUAUGUUUAAACGAGAGCAAAUGUCCAAGAUACCAGUACAUGAACAGCAUUCUUUCAUAUCUACAGUGAUAAUUGCCAUGCCGACAAAAUAAAGCUCUAAACUAGCAUUUUCUUCAGGGGAUCUCAAGCUCUAUUAACAGUGUGGCUGAAAAUAGUAAAGUAAUUAAAAGUUUAAGACCUGGUGUUUAUGCAGUUUUCCCUUUAUUCAUACGACUGUUGGCUGCAUUCUGCUAUAAAUGAACAGCGCUGCUUGGCUGGGUAUAGAAAAAGAAGUAAACAAAUCCUGAGGUUUAAUCGCAGUGUCAAACCUCACAGGCUGUUCUUCCGUGCAUAAAAACAGACAGGAAUUUCUCGAGUGGGUUCCCUUUUUGACGAGUUAUUCCAAAGCUCUUUAGUGCCACAAUAAGACCUGAAAGGGGCCACAUCCACUUUAAUGCAUGUUUUUUUUUUUUAUAAACUCACCAGGUUUCAUCUUAUCUCAAAAAAUGAAUAAUUAUAUAUGUUUAAAUCAUAACUUCUUUGAGAUUACAGAAAAAAGUAAGACAUUUACAGGAAAACAAUGAUCAUUUAAAGCAUCAGCCUUUUUCGACAGCUUUGAUCUCUGAAGAUCACAAAUACUCACAAAUCAAAACUGGCAUCACAAAUAUGUCUGACUCUUCCAAAUAUUAGGGAGCAGAGCAAGAAAACCUUUAGAAAUAUAAUAUUACUCAAUAUUCUUGUGUGUCUGGGUGUUUUCUCCUGUUAUCACAUGAAAUCUCAAUUUCCUGGGGGAACUGGCAGUGACCACAUCCAAUAGAUUUCUGCUUUUGAUAAAACUGCGUUGGGAUAAACAGUAUAAGUUAUAUUGUUAUAUAUGGUGUAUUUGUAGAUUAUAAUGGUCCUGGAGUGUUUUAAGACAGAAAUAUCUCACUUGUGUAUGUUGCACUGAAAGCCUUUGCUCAAGCUUUUCAUUUUGUGCAAAAUUGUUCUCUAUGUGAAUCAGUGGCUUUCACUAUGUGGGUUCAUGGGCACAGAAUAAGCAUAAAUAUAUUAUGUCUCACAGAUUUUUUUUUUUUUGUCUUUUUAGAUUUUGACUCUAGCUUUACAGCCAAACGGUUGUAUGUUGGCCAGCAUCCACCCUGAUUGAGCUCUGUAGUUGGCUCCCUGUGAGCACAUAUCAUGGUGCAGGCCAGCUACAGAGCUCUGAGGAAGUUUGCAUGAUGUAUGAGCGUGAGCAGUACAGUACGGCAAAGAUGUC